UGACAGAAAGAGGUCAGCGCGAGCUGCCUUCUGAAUAUAAAACUGAAACAUUUGAACUUUCUCUAAAGUUGUAAACAUUAACACUUGCUGGUGACAGCAUCAGAAUGGAAACUUUUCAGCAAUGUACAAUAUGUGAUGAGAUUUUUCAACAAUUAGACGAUUUAGAAAACCACUACAAAGUCCAUGCCAGGGAAAAGAAAAGCGAUGAUGUAGAUGAAUAUUGUCAUGUUAAAGAAGAGAAAACUGAUGAUGUAGAUGAAUAUUGUCAUGUUCAUUUUAAAGAAGAGAAAACUGAUGAUGUAGAUGAAUAUUGUCAUGUUCAAUUUAUUAAAAAGGAGAAAAUUGAUGAUGCAUAUGAAUAUUGUCAUGUUAAAGAAGAGAAAACUGACGAUAUUGAAGCCAUUUAUCAGUGUAAUUUAUGUGAUGAAGAAUUUAAAUCUGAAACUGAUUUAGAAAAACAUUGUGAAGUACAUGUUAAGAAAGAGGAACCUGUUUUACAACAUGGUAAAAAUUGGGAGACAAGUUUUAGUGAGAAUAAUGAAAAAGAGGUUCACAACCCAGAAGAGUUUAAAAAGUGUGAUGUUUGUAGCAGGACCUUUAUUAACAAAUAUUACUUACAAAAUCAUAUGAAAACCCAUACUGUAAAGAGACUCUACAAAUGUGAUGUUUGUGGUAAAUUAUUUAUUAACAAAGAUUUUCUUCAAAUUCACAUGCGGCGCCAUACUGACGAAAACCUUUUUAAAUGUGAUGUUUGUAGUAAAUCAUUUGAUGACGAUAGUGAACUGCAGCAACACUCCAAGAUUCAUUCUAGGGAAAACCCUUAUAAAUGUGAUGUUUGUAGUAAAUCAUUCAAUAGAAAUAUUUUUCUACAAAGACACACUAGAACUCACACAGGUGAAAAACCUUAUAAAUGUGAUGUUUGUAGUAAAUCAUUCACUCAAAGAGGAUCGCUACAGAGACAUAUCAGAAUUCAUACAGGUGAAAAACCCUUUACGUGUGAUGUUUGUAGUAAAUCAUUUAGUGAUGGUAGUGGUCUGCAGCAACACAGGAGAGUUCAUACUGGUGAAAAACCCUUUAAGUGCGAUGUUUGUAGUAAAUCAUUCACUCAUAACAGUGGCCUGCAGCAACACAGGAGAACGCAUACGAGAAUAAAACCUUUUAAAUGUGAUGUUUGCAAUGAAUGGUUCUCUGACAUUAUUAAUCUGCAACAACAUACAAGAAGUCAUAGUGUAGAAACAACUUUUAAAUGUGAUGUUUGUAGUAUAUCAUUCAUUGAUAGUCAUGCUCUGCAGCAACACUUAAAGACUCAUAGUGCAGAACAAUAUUUUAAAUGUGAUCUAGAUUAA